GAGAAAGCGAGAGAAGAAUGGAUAUUGAGUCUGAGAUUUCAAUGUCUUCUUACUUCAAACGAUAUGGUCAGGUCAAGUUCAAAGAUUUCUCAAACUCACCUCUCAAAAAACCUAAAUAUUCACCGACGACGAGUGUUAUUGAGAUUUCUGAUUCAUCGUCAAGCAACAACUCUAUGAUCCCUCCUCGUCCUCAAAACCCUAUUUUCACUGUGAAACUCUCUCCGAUCAUUCUCCAUCUACGACGUUGUUCGAGGACCAUUAAAAAGAAGAAAUUUACACAGCCUUUGAAAAAGAAGAAGAAGAAGAGUAGUACUAAAAGUCUCAAAGAGGUAAGCAGAGGAUCAUUCAACGCCGCUGUUCAGAAACGUUCCACCACCGUAACCCGCCACGGAGGAGUUAAAAAGAUUUCCUCUUGGGUGAAAUCUAGGUUACUUGGGGAAGGGGGUUACGGGUCUGUUUACCUAGCGACGUGUAAAGACGACAGAUACAAAACAGAGAGAGCCAUCAAAAGUGCAGAGCUUUCAAAGGCUUCGAGUCUUAUGCACGAAGCAAGGAUCCUAAAACGUUUACAAUCUCCGUUCGUGAUUAGUUGCUACGGCGAUGAGAUUGCACGAGAAGGGACAGGUCAUGUAUAUAACUUAGUUCUCGAGUAUUGUUCUGGACAGUGUCUUGCGGAUUUGAUCGAAGAUAAUCACGGAGGGUUGUCUGAGUUUGAUGUGAAGCAGUUCUCUAGAGAUGUUCUAUCUGGUCUGAGUUACAUUCACAGGAGAAACAUUGUUCAUUGUGACAUUAAACCAGACAAUCUCUUACUCAGCCCUGUUGAUCACCGGUUUAGGUCUAAUGGGUAUCUGAUUAAAAUUGCUGAUUUUGGUUUAUCAAUGGACAAAGGUUCGGUGGAGUAUGGGAAUGGAUGUGGUCAUAUGAGAGGGACAACUAGGUACAUGGCUCCGGAGUUAAUAGGCCAUGGGGUUGUUGAUUUUGGUGUUGACAUUUGGGCGUUUGGAUGUUCUGUUUUGGAGAUGCUAACCGGGCAAAUGGUUUGGGGAGAGCAUGGUGAUUUGGUUCUUGAUGAUUGGGUUAAGCUCAUCGGUCACAGUGAUCUCAUUCCUCGUAUAUCGAGUCGGUUAUCGGAAGAAGCUCAGGAUUUUUUGAGGAGAUGCUUUGUUAAGGAGCCCGGUUCAAGAUGGAGGAUCAAUGAACUCAUGAAUCAUCCGUUUCUCUAUUCGGAUGUACAUUUUUCUCAUAACGGUUUUGUUUAUGACUGAUUGAUUUAAGUUGAUUUUAAAGCUUAAAUUGUUAACACUGAUUUCUGUUUUUGUAGUAUUGGUAAAUGUAGUAUUUUGUAGUAUUUGGUAAAGUAUUAUAAUUGCUAUUAAUUGAUUCAUGUUGUGUUCUGUUUCAUUAUUAGUUUACAGUUGCAGACUCUAAUUAUAUGAAUAAUUGUAAAAUGAAUAU